AUGGCAUCUUCGGGCCCAGCGAGGAGGACAACAACAACUUCAACACCUUUUGGAAGGCGGCUGAGAACUUGGCGAACCAGCCCACUUCAGGACGCAGCAUUUGGUCGGUGUCACAGGCAGCGCCCCUUCGACGUGUCCAGGUCAGUGGCCAUUCGGCAGCCAUAG